AUGGAGCCCAAUUCUACUGAUCCUUUGCGUGAACAACUUGCCAUUAUGAGGAACUCCCUCCUUGAUGAGAAAAUGCUGGAUAUUCACUUCCGACUACUGGAGACAUUGGAAUUGGAAAAUAAAGAAAAACCAAACUUUGUCGAGGAUACCAUGAACAUGUAUUUUGAGAGCUCAGCUGAAAAGAUAGCCAUCUUUGAGGAUGCACUGGAGAACCCCCCCAGCGAUUUCUCUGAUCUGAAAAGGCACAUUUAUCAGUUCAAAGGUAGCAGCGGCAGUGUUGGUGCGAUCAAGGUAAUGAAUGAAGUUGUCCGACUGAUAGAAUGCAUCGACAAGGGCGACAUUGAAGGGGCUAAGAUUGUCGUCCAGCACAUCAAAAAGGAGCGUGACACUUUGGAGGGACGAUUGGAGCCUUAUUUCCAGGUCUCUUUCCGAUCAAACUAUCAGAAAAGCAUAUUUGAUUCAUUCUGCGGAAACAAGUUGAGCUAUCCAGAAAAUCUCAACGCGCCAAAAGCCUUAAUAUAG